AUGGGAACAGGCAUCCUCAUGAGAGACCUUGCUGAGAUUACCAGGCCUGCGGCGUGGGAAAAGAACAAGAGGCAGAGAUCAGAAGACCCGGGCUGCAGAGACCCACUCUCAGAAACCUUUGGCAAGCUUUGUGACUCUGGGCAGAGACGCGCCAGGGGACGAAAGAGACGUGGGAAGAGUCCCAGGCCCCUCCGGGGAAGACUACGGCGCCAAGCACCGCGGGUGAGAGGAGGGCUGCACCAGCUGAAUCCCCGAACUCGCAAGACCCCGACCGGGCGGGGGCGGGGCCUCCGCGGCGCCCCUCCCUCCCCAGCUCUAGGCCCCGCCCCUGCUCCUCCCCGCGCUGGGCCGGGGUCUUCCUCCAGUCCCCGCCCGGGACCCAGCGUCGCGCGCUCCCCCCAGGGUGCCAUGGCCUCGCGGCUCUUGCACCGGCUGCGGCACGCCUUGGCCGGCGACGGCCCGGAGGAGGAGGCGGCCGGCCCCGAGGCCGAGCAGUUCCCGGAGAGCUCGGAGCUGGAGGACGACGACGCCGAGGGCCUGUCCUCCCGCCUCAGCGGCACCCUCAGCUUCACCAGCGCCGAGGAAGAUGAGGAGGACGACGAGGAGGAGGACGAGGAGGCCGGCCCCGACCCGCUGCCCCCCGGGGACGGGGCGUCGGGAGAAGACGCAGAACGGAGCCCCCCACCUGAUGGGCAGCGGGGCAGUCAGCUCCUGGCACGGCAGUUGCAGGAUUUCUGGAAGAAGUCCCGGAACACCCUGGUACCCCAGCGGCUGCUCUUCGAGGUGACCAGUGCCAACGUGGUCAAGGACCCACCCUCCAAGUACGUGCUCUACACCCUCGCCGUGAUGGGUCCAGGGCCACCCGAUCACCAGCCAGCCCAGAUCUCUCGCCGCUACUCGGACUUUGAGCGGUUGCACCGAAACCUGCAGCGGCACUUCCGGGGCCCCAUGGCUGCCAUCUCCUUCCCCCGUAAGCGCCUGCGCCGGAAUUUCACUGCAGAGACCAUUGCCCGCCGCAGCCGGGCCUUCGAGCAGUUUUUGGGCCACCUGCAGGCAGUGCCCGAACUGCGCCACGCCCCAGACCUGCAGGACUUCUUCGUGCUGCCCGAGCUGCGGCGGGCACAGAGCCUCACCUGCACUGGCCUCUAUCGCGAGGCUCUGGCACUCUGGGCCAAUGCCUGGCAGCUGCAGGCCCAGCUGGGCAGCCCCUCUGGCCCAGACCGCCGUCUGCUGACCCUGGCUGGGCUGGCUGUGUGCCACCAGGAGCUGGAGGACCCUGGGGAGGCCCGGGCGUGCUGUGAGAGGGCCCUACAGCUGCUGGGAGACAAGAGCCCCCACCCUUUGUUGGCACCCUUUCUGGAGGCCCAUGUCCGGCUCUCCUGGCGCCUGGGCCUGGACAAACGCCAUUCGGAGGCCCGGCUCCAGGCCCUGCAGGAGGCAGGCCUGACCCCCACACCACCCCCUAGUCUCAAAGAAUUGCUUAUCAAGGAGGUACUGGACUAACCUUGCCUAGACUUAACGCCACUGGGGGAAGAGGCGCUGCCGUAGGAUGUGUGUGUUGGGGGCUGCUGAUGAGGAAAUGGGCAGCAGUUGGGAGGCUGUAGGGGGUGCUGGGAACCCCUAGAAGUUCCCCAGAGAUUUUGUAGCAGACCAAGGAAGCACGGUUCUUCUGUUGAGCUGGACUCAGGACAAGCUUUGGCUGGGGAUGCCAGGGAUGGUGCAGGGAAGAAGUCUGCUGCAGCCACUCCAGCUAUGAACAGGUGGGGGCUGUGCCCAGGUCAAAGUCAGUGGUCCCUUCUCCAUGGGCCUCCAAGCCAGCGAGGUGGCCUCGCUGAAGGGCUAGGGACUCUGCCUCUGGAGUCCUGGUGUUGAUGGCUAGAGGGAGGGCUGCAGUUCUGGCCCAAGGGAAUUAAAGGCCAGCAGCUCCAGUG